AUGCUGUUUUGGCACAACCAGCCGGAGCACCUGUGGCCCAGUCCUGGGGAGGUGUACCCGGGGACUCAUGGCAGCCUGCUCAGGGAGCCCCUGCCCUUGCCCUACUUGAAGCAGGAAGAGCUGCCCAGCAUCCCCAGUGCAGAGCCACCGUGCCCUGUGUUCCAGUAUGUGCUCCGUGCAGCCACCUCGCCGGCCAUGAAGCAGCAGGAGGAGACCCUCACCUACCUGAACCAGGGCCAGUCUUAUGAGGUGCGGAUGUUCUUCAACCCCAAGCUGGGCGAUGCUGCUCAGUGCCCUCAGCUGCUAAAGAGUGUGGUGCGUGUGGUGUUCCAUGAUCGGCGACUGCAGUACAUGGAGCAGCAGCAGCUGGACGAGUGGAGGUGGAGCCGGCCCGGGGAUCGCAUCCUGGACAUUGAUGUGCCAGUCUCUGUGGGAGUGAUAGAACCCCAAGUGCUGCCCUCGCAGCUCAACACAGUGGAGUUUCACUGGGACCCAAUCAAGAGGACUUCUGUCUUCCUGCAGGUUCACUGCAUCAGCACUGAGUUCACGCCUCGGAAGAAAGGUGGAGAGAAAGGCGUUUCUUUCCGCCUCCAGAUUGACACCUUUAAGCCCAGCGACAAGGGGCUUCUGCCUGAGCACCUGCAUUCAGCUGGUUGCCUCAUUAAGGUGUUCAAGCCUAAAGGAGCUGACCGGAAGCUGAAAACUGACCGGGAGAAGAUCGAGAAGCAGCCCCCGCAUGAGAGAGACAAGUAUCAGACUGCCUGCGAGAGCACGGUCUUCUUGGAGUGUUCACCAUGGCCAGAGCCCACUGCAGGGCCCCACCCAGCUCUCAGCUCUCUGGCGCUGACCUCUCCCAACUCCUCCAAGCUCCUGUCCCCAGAGAGGCUCUGUUCCUCACCACCCUUCCCUUUGGACACCUUGGGGUGUGGCCCAGCUGAGGAUCUGAACCCUGGAGCCUCCAUCUCAGAGACACAGCAGUGGUUGCAUCGGCACCGGUUCUCCAGCUACUGCCGGACGCUGGCCAGCUUCACUGGUAUGGAUCUGCUGAAGCUUACUCGUCAGGACCUUAUCCAGAUCUGCGGGGCUGCCGACGGGAUCCGCCUUUUCAAUACUCUUAGAGCCAGGCCCAUCCGUCACCGGCUGACUUUAUAUGUGGCUCAGGAGGCCGCUAGACAAGAGAACAAGGUUCCUAAGAACCCCGACUCAGGUUUUUAUCAAGAGAUCUGUUUGGAUGAACUCAGUGCUGCAGAGCUGGUGGGGAAACUGGCUGAGCUCCUAGCCCUCCCAGCCAGUCAGAUCCAUCGUCUUUUUCACCAGGGCCCUGGGGGCAUCCUCAUUCUCCUCAGUGACCAGGUGGUCCAGAAUCUUAAGGAUGAAUCAUACUUUGUGGCCGUGGUGAAGAAAGUGCAGAAUCCAGAUGGCUACUACUUGGUUCUUACCUAG